AUGAAUCCUACAAGCGAUGAUCCAGUGUUUGGGACCAUUUUUGACUGGGACUAUCUCUUAUGGGAAAUUCGUUUGAUGUUUUUAGCUGCUGGUUUUUUAAUCUACUUGGGAGUAUUUCUUCUAUCUCACUUGUUGUCUUCAUGGAUAAGUACCACUUACCGUGCCUUGUAUGCAAAGGAGAAGGUAUUUUGGAAUAUGGCAGUCACACGUGCUGUGUUUGGACUUCAGAGUUGUGUUGCUGGGUUAUGGGCUUUGCUCAUAGAUCCCGUUUUUCAUGCUGACAAAGUGUAUUCACAGCAAAAGUGGAGUUGGUUUAACUGUUUAAUAGCUGCUGGAUUUUUCUUGCUUGAAAAUGUAGCUGUUCACAUGUCCAACAUUAUUUUUAGAACAUUUGAUGUGUUUGGUACUUCAUCACUUGCUUGCUUUUGGUGGCUUGGCUGGUCUAGUAAUAAUGUGAAAUCUGGGCAUUAUCUGCCUUUGAUGGGAAUGUUGCUGGAGAUGAGUACUCCCUCAACGUGCAUUUCCUGGAUGCUUCUAAAGGCUGGCUGUGCUAACACCUUUUUCUGGAAGGCAAACCAGUGGGUGAUGAUCCACCUGUUUCACUGCCGCAUGAUUCUUACUUACCACAUGUGGUGGGUGUGUAUUUUCAACUGGAAUUCUGUGGUGGAAAAUCUGGGACUUCUUCAUUUUAUUGUUUUAUUCUCGGGAUUAUUUGCCGUUACACUAAUACUUAACCCAUACUGGACAUACAAAAAAACUCAGCAACUCCACCGCCCAACUGACUGGAACUUUGAAAAUAAAGCGAUGGAAAAUGGAAACUUAAAUGGUGAAACACAAGAAAAGAAGAGGAUGUAA